AUGGGUGAUGCGGAAGAACACGUGAUUGCUGCUGCCUAUCACGUGGUGAAGGCGCUCGAGGCUACAAAGAGCAUGAACUUGAGUAACGAUGUGAGAAGAAUUCUGGCGGACCUUGAUGUUCACUUGUCCAGGAUGACCACACUCGAUGAGAAUGAGGCCGACAAGACGAGAGAGAUUGAGAAUAGGCUCCGGUCAGCUCAGGAAAAGAUCAUGGGAUUGCAUUCAAAUCACGGGAGGAUUUGGAAUUCCAGUCCUGUGAUAGCUUCUGAAUAUUUGCAGGCUGUUGAUGAGGUUCGAAGGUUGAAAGAAACUUUAGAAAGUUUUCCCUCGAAGAAAAAUUGGAUACAGAAGGACCUUCUGGAUCGAGCUCAAUGUACAUUGCAGAUUGAAAUGACAAGACUCCAAGAUGACCUGGUCCAUAUUCUUGCUCAGAGUAAACAACGUUUAGAGCAAGAAUACGUGUUGCUCCCCACUUGUGAAGAAACUUCUGUUGAGGAAUCAAUUGUUUCGAAUGAGAGUGAUUCAGUUCAAGAAGAUGCGUCUCGGAGGGAGAGCAGCAGCACCGAAACUGAGGAGUAUAUAAUGGAUUUGGUCCAUCCAGAUGUGAUUCCUCAAAUCGCGUCCAUUGCAAAUAUUAUGUUUGCUUCACAUUAUGAUCUUGAAUUUUGUCAGGCUUUUGUUCGAUUCUGGAGAUAUGAGUUGGCUGAGUAUUUGACAUUUUUGAAUGUAGAACAAUUAACCGUUGAGGAUGUGCUGAAAAUGGAGUGGAAAUGCUUGAACUCUAGAAUCAGAAAAUGGCGUCGAGCAAUAAAGAAUGUAGUCGGAAUCUAUCUUGCUAGUAAGAAACACCUGUUCGACCAAGUUCUGGCAGAAUAUGGAAGUGUUAGUUCGACCUGCUUAGUCGAGGCUUCAAAGGCUUCUCUGUUAUGCCUUUUGAACUUUGGCCAUGCUGUUGCAAUUGGACCACAUCAACUAGAAUGGCUUUAUUGCUUGCUUGAUAUGUACGAGACUUUAGCUUCUCUUAUUUCAGACGUAGAAGCUCUGUUUCCAGAAGAGGCAGGCUCUUUAAUUAGGAUUGAAUUCCAUGAGCUUUUGCAAAGACUAGGCGAUGCUGCAAAGGUUAUCUUUAUGGAGUUUGGUAAACACGUCCACAUUGCUUCUCGAGCUUCUAGAGCGCCUAUUGCAAAUGGUGGUAUCCUCCCUCUAACCAAGUAUGUAGUGAACUACAUCCUGUGCUUGGUAGAGUACGGUGGUACCCUCAAUUUGCUUCUUGCGGAGAAAGACGGGGAUAAUUUGGAUACUGGUCCUAGUGAAAACGUUGGUCAGACAACUCUCUCUUGUCCGGUGGCUAUUAUCCUACGGUCGGUGACAUCAAUUUUAGAAGCCAACCUUGACAUCAAGUCCGAUCUAUACAGAGAUAGUUCUUUGAAGCAUAUUUUUAUGAUGAAUAACAUCAAUUACAUGGUCGAUAAGAUCAAGAACUCCGAAGUCAGGAGUUAUUUUGGUGAUGAUUGGAUUCGUAAGCAUAUUGUGAAAUUCCGGCAGCAUGCCCUGAGAUAUCAGAGGGUCACAUGGAGCUCUGUACUUGACUCGAUAAGAGACGAUGGGAGAACCGGAAAGGCGACUCUAAAAGAGAGAUGCAGGAAUUUCAGUAUUGCUUUUGAGGACGUGUAUAAGAUUCAGACGGCAUGGUAUGUCCCUAACCUUGAACUUCGCGAAGAGUUAAGGAUCUUCGCUUCAAAGACAGUUAUUCCUGCGUACCGUAACUUUGUUGGCAAGAUUACCGAUCAAUAUCAUAUUGGUGAAAAGUACAUUAAGUACACUGUACAUGACUUGGAAACUUAUAUCUUGGAUCUGCUUGAUGGUUCACAGAAGUCUUUGAAACCAUCCCGGAUGAAGGAGGCGACGAUUUAA